AUGGCCGACUCGGAGAGCCAUUAUGCCUUCGACGAUGGCCCCGAUGACGAGCAGUCCAUCAUCUCGACUCGAGGGCUUGAGGCAUUCAGUCGCAAGGUUACCGUCACAGCGAGCCAAUUGAUGGGACCGGCCGCCGAGGCGUCUGGAAUCCAUUAUCGCGCCGCCAUGGCCGAAGUUCACAAGCAGAUGAAGCGCCCCAGCGUGCAGCGCGGCGUCUUCUCCAUGGCUCGUUCGAGCCCUACCGAAAUCGUGCGGUCCAAGCUAUCCACAGCAGAGAUCCAGCACCGCGCCCUCACACACCUCCCCGACGAGCUGCUCUCCAACAUCCCCGAGCACCAAAACGCUUACUCGCUUUUCCAGGGCUUUCAGGCCAGCUUUCCAGAGUUGGCGGAUGAAGGGAAGAAGCACCGUCGGCGCCCAUCGAGGGGCAGGAAACUGCUGGAGGAGGGCGAGAGCACUCCCGCCACGCCGGCAAAGCUGUCCCAGCUGAAGAAAGAGAAGACCACCAUGGUGCAUGAGCUGGAGCUGUUGGGGGUGCGCAAGAGCAUGGUCAGCUGUGAGAUCCGUGAGAUAGACAACAAGAUCGCCAAUCUCUAUGGCAUGCGCAGGAUUGUCUUGGAGAGGCUAGCAGGCUUCGAGCAGGACGAGUCCUCCCUUGAACAUGACGUCAUGGAUCUUGAAACGAAGAUCGACGAAGUCCAAGCCAUUGUCGAUGAGGCCGAAGAGAUUGCCCGGAAUACUGCCACAAAGGACGAGCGAGAUCUCGUGGGCGACGCCGACGAUCAUGACCCCGAAUUCAUGUCAAAAUCUGUCUACGAGAAGCUGCCCGGACCCGAUGGCAAGCCACGCAAAUCGAAAAAGGUCCAUCGCCGGAAAUCCAUGCCGAUUCUUCACGAGCACUUUGCGCCAGGAUCUAGCAUCCGUGAAAUCCGCGCGCAUCGCGAUACGAUUACUGCCAUGGACUUUGACGCCCCCUUUGGAACUCUGGUUACUGCUGCAUUGGAUGAUACUGUUAGAGUCUGGGAUCUGAAUGCCGGACGAUGCAUGGGCUACCUAGAAGGCCACACGGCCUCUGUGCGAGCCCUGCAGGUCGAGGAUAACAUUUUGGCGACUGGCUCCAUGGAUGCGACUAUCAAAUUAUGGGAUCUAAGCAAAACACACUACAACCCUCAGGGCGGUAAGGAAGUCGGCGACGAUGACGAAGAUGCUAUUGCCUUUGAACACCCCGAUGCCCAGCCUAUCGAGCCGCCGGAGGGAAGCAUGGACGACUGCGCUCUCUACACACUAUCAUCGCACGUUGACGAAAUCACCGCCCUCCACUUCAGAGGAGACGUCCUGGUCUCUGGCUCAGCGGACAAGACAAUCCGCCACUGGGACUUGGAAAAGGGCCGCUGCGUGCAGACGCUCGACGUCAUGUGGGCAGCCGCCCAGGCAUCGGCCAUUGCAACCACCAGCGACAGCACCUGGAGGCCAACGGGUCGUGCUCAGGGAACCUCUGCCGAUUUUGUCGGUGCUUUGCAGGUGUUUGAGUCCGCACUGGCUUGCGGUACUGCAGAUGGCAUGGUCCGCUUAUGGGAUCUCCGAAGCGGCCAGGUUCACCGCAGCUUGGUCGGCCACACCGGCGCUGUGACUUGUCUGCAGUUUGACGAUGUGCACUUGGUGACUGGCAGCUUAGACCGCAGUAUCAGAAUAUGGGAUCUCCGAACCGGAUCCAUCUACGACGCUUAUGCCUACGACAACCCUGUCACCAGUAUGAUGUUUGAUGCCCGACGGAUUGUGAGCGCGGCCACCGAAGACGUGGUCAAGGUGUACGAUAAGGUUGAGGGUCGACAAUGGGACUGCGGAGCGGGCGUUGCUGCCUCUGAGGGCGUCAAGGCCGCCUCCAAGAAUGCCGCUAUUGUCGAGCGUGUUCGUGUCAAGGACGGCUACCUGGUAGAGGGUAGACGAAACGGUAUUGUGGGUGUCUGGACUUGUUAG